UCCUGUUCUGUGUUUUCAGUGUGAACGAUGGAGCUUCAGUCUGCCAGGACAGAAUCAGUGAAGGAGGGAGGAGAGAGGGAGGAAGGAGGAGGAGGGGGACAGAAGGUGAACAUGAAGAGGAGGCAUGAGGAAGAGGAGGCCUUACCCACUAAGAAGCUGGCGGCUGAUCACAGUGUGAAGGUGGCGAGUCACUAUAACAGCCUACAGGAAGUCGGUCUGGCUGCACGAAGUCGAAGCAGAAUCUUCUUCAUGAGGAACUUCAACAACUGGCUGAAGAGCGUCCUGAUUGGUGAAAUCCUCGAGCAGGUGCGAGGGACGCAUUCUCAACCGGUGUCUGUGUUGGACCUCGGCUGUGGGAAAGGAGGAGACCUGCUGAAGUGGCGGAGAGGAGGAAUCAGUCACCUGGUCUGUGCAGAUAUAGCAGCAGUGUCGGUGGAGCAGUGUCAGAGUCGGUAUGAAGACAUGAAGAAGAAAAGUCAUGUUCAUGAGAAAAUCUUCAGCGCUCAGUUCAUCACUGCAGACUGUGCCAAGGAGGUUUUGUCAGAGAAGCUGGACGACUCUGAGCUGAUGUUUGACAUCUGCAGCUGUCAGUUUGUUUAUCACUACUCGUUCGAGAGUGAACAGAAGGCUGAUAUGAUGCUGCGAAAUGCCUGUGAGCGCCUGAAACCCGGAGGGUUCUUCAUCGGAACAACACCAGAUGCCUUUGAACUCAUUAAACGUUUGGAGGCAUCAGACUGUUUGUCGUUUGGUAACGAGGUUUUUAAAGUUUCCUUUCAGUCCAAAGGUUUCUAUCCCCUAUUCAGAUGUCAGUAUCACUUCACCCUUGAGGACGUUGUCAAUGUUCCAGAGUUUCUCGUCUACUUUCCUCUUUUUGAACACAUGGCGAAGCGUUACAACAUGCGUCUGGUGUUGAAGCAGAGAUUUUCUGAGUUCUUUGAAGAGAAAGUGAAGAAGGAGCACCAUCGCAGCCUCAUGAUGAAGAUGAUGGCUCUGGAGCCAUUUCCCACUGAGGAUGGAGGCCAACAGGCUACAGACAGCAGUGGAGAGUACUGUCAUGCUAAAGAGCAGUGUGGCAGAGCUGGAAUCAAACUACCACUGGGCACGCUGAGCAGAUCUGAGUGGGAAGCAUCCAGUAUCUACCUGGUCUUUGUCUUUCAGAAGAUGUCCUGAUGCAGAAAACAAACUCUUCUGUGGUCUGUGAACCCACCUGCUUCUCGUGAGCUCACUUGCUCUCCAUCCUGUGUUUGUACAGUGUUGCCUGUUUUCCUUUUGAAGUCAGUUUUUGAUAAAGUAUGAACUGAAUGAAUUAAAACUACAUUUAAACAUGAUUUGUCUUGCCUU